AAAAAUAGCUUUUUUUUUUUUUUAAGCCUCUCACGUAAAAUAAAUAUUUUAUUCUGCUCCAACAUCCAAGUGUGAAAACAUAACAAUAAUCUUUCCAUCCAGAGAUUAGAAUCAUUGUACACGAGUACAGCUCUAAUAGACACACAUUAAUGACAUAAUAAUAUAUAUUUAUUCCUUUAUUUUGAGGUGCAGACCAAACCGAGUGAAUGGCUACACACUCUCAUGUGUUCUCCGUGUGUGCUAUACCUUGUGUGCUCUCUUGUGUUUCUCCUGUAGCCUCUUACACGUUUUAUUCAGCUCACUCCGAUGUUCCCGAGCUCACACCUCAGUCAGGGCUGGACGACAAUAUCAUUAGCUUCGCACACCUAGACACGCCCCCCGACUCCCAGCUCUCGGGGAUGGGACCCGCCGACGAGCUCACAGGCCUCAAUGUAUCGGCGCACACGUCCGAUGGAUUCGAUCUCUCGUGGGAGCUCAAACCUCCGGCGGCCUACGACAGCCUCGUGGUAGAGUGCAGAGGCCCGCUCCAAACGCUGGCAGUCAUGGAGGUCGUCCUUAGCGGAAAUUCCACCCGCUCUAGAAUCCGAGGCCUGAACGCCUCCACAGAAUAUCGAAUCACACUUCACGGGAUUACCGGUAGCAAUGGGUCCCUGCUUCUUGAGGCUAUCGCCGUCACAGUACCCGAGCCCACCUCUCCAGGCUUAAUUAUGAAUGUCACAGACGUCCUAACCACAACAACAACAACAACAGCAUCAACAGCAACAACAGCAACACCAACAACCGCAACCUCAACAAGACCACAAUCUUUUUCAGAAACAGCACCUGUCCCCACCAUAGUGGUCUCACACACUCUUGGUUCCCCUCCCGUUGUGGGGACCGAGAGUCCCCUCACAGAGCCGUUUGGGGCGUUCACGCUGACCAACAUGUCCUCCACUAGCGUGGGGGUCAGCUGGUCGGCCCCAGACCAGACCUUUGAUCAUUUUCUGGUGGAGCUGAGCUCCCCAUCGGAGGAGGCACCUGCGCGUACCACCAUGGUAGCAGGAAGUGAGGGAGGCGCUGAGAUAGAGGGCCUGUCUCCCUCGACGCGUUAUGAGAUUACAUUGUACGGCCUGGUGGAAGGCGUGCGGUCGCAACCUCUGAAAAUGUUUGUUGAUACAGGUACUUGAAGCACGAUAAUAGAGUGGAGGAACACAUAUCCAGUCUGCAUUUUAACGAGGCAUUCAUGUGUUCACAUGCAUCUCCCUAGCGUCUACUAUUGUUUCGCUCUUUUCAUCGUUGUUUCCCAAUUGAUCUGAUCAUGAUUCGUAUCCAUAUCCAUUGUGUAUUUUCUGACCCCCUCCAUGGUGGAUGCGUGUCAUCU